AUCAGCUGUUAGAAGAAGCUGCUUUGGGCUCAAACCAGGAAGCAUGAUAGAUGUUGUGUUGUGACAAAGCAAAGUUGUGCAGAGCUCUCUGGAGUACCAGCUGCCCUUGUCGUGGCCUGCCUUUGAUUCAUGGUCUGUGGAGAACCCCAUGUUUGUAUUUUGGCUACUAUCGUACCAAGGAAAAUAUGGCCAAGGCGAUUCAAGCUCGGCGGCUGGAAGGCGUGGACCAAAAUAUCUGGGUGGAAUUUUCUCGACUAGCUGCUUCUCACAAGGCUGUGAAUUUGGGUCAGGGUUUUCCUAAUUUUUCCCCGCCGGAUUUUGUCAAGAAAGCCUACAUGGAAGCAAUCAGCGGAGAAAACACCAUGUUGCACCAAUACACGCAGGCUUUUGGACAUCCGCGGUUGGUGGAGAUCCUGGCUCGCUUCUUUGGGAAGCUGCUCCAGCGAGACCUGGACCCGCUGAAGAACGUGAUGGUGACAGUGGGGGCGUACGAAGCUCUCUUCUGCUGCUUCCAGGCCCUGGUGGACGAGGGGGACGAGGUGAUUAUAAUUGAGCCGUACUUCGACUGCUAUGAACCCAUGACCAAAAUGGCAG